AUGCGGCCAGCUCCAUGGCUGCUGCUGCCCUCGUCAAACCGGCUAAUCUCCAGCCGGCCAACGAAACUAUCACAGACUUGCCUGCUUCGCGCAGUCCAGCGUCGCCGUGUCCAUAGUGGCGCGAAGGCCGAUCCAAAUCCAACAUGGGAUCCUAAGGAGCUAUCCCGGGUCUCGCAAGAGACGGGUGCCUUAAUCUUCCAUCUGACCUCGGACAAUCCGUUCCUCAACCUGUCGAUAGAGCACUUCCUGCUCACCAAAUCUCAUCCAGACUCACGCAUCCUUCUGUUCUACACCAACAGACCCUGUGUGGUCGUUGGCCGCAACCAAAACCCAUGGCUCGAGGUGGACCUGAAGAGACUACAAGAGGGGCUACCUAUUGAAAAGCAGUCGGUGGACGCACCCCAAAGAGCAGGUCAGCAAUAUCCUUCCGCCACGGGGCCUCGACUCAACCAGAGCAAUGCGUCGCCAGAAGUCGUGCCGAUCGACCUCGUCCGCCGCCGUAGCGGAGGCGGUACUGUCUUCCACGACUCGGGAAACCUGAACUACUCCGUCAUCAUCCCGAACACCAAAGCGUUCAAGAGGAGCACCCAUGCUGAGAUGGUAGUGCGGGGUCUCGAAAGCCUUGCGCGUGCAGGACCUAAACCCUCCUCAUCGGCAGGUGUCCCAGGCGGGAGAUACAACUUCAGCUCGGUCCGGGUCAACGAGCGCAACGACAUCGUCAUGCAACAACCUGGCGGGGUCGAGUGGUUAAAGGUCAGCGGCAGCGCGUACAAAUUAACUCGGGACCGCGCCCUGCACCACGGCACUUUGCUCUACUCCAGCCCGUACAUGGACAGAAUCUCCGAGCUGCUGAGAAGUCCCGGCCGAGGCCUCAUUAGUGCCAAGGGGGUAGAGAGCGUGCGGAGCAAAGUCGGGAAUCUGGCGUGGACACCGGAUCCGCGUGAGCGAGCGGUGAUCCGAGCAGAGAUUACGGAAGCCAUCACACGGGAAUUCUGGAAGAUGUAUGGUGGAGGUGACAACAAGGCUCGCAAACCCGGGGUGGACGAGAUCACCAUUGCAGCCAGUUGUCCUGCAUCCUCCUCCUCCAACGGUUGGUGCAAUGAGAAUAAUUCCGCGAUAGCAAGCGGCAUGCAAGAACUCACCUCGGCGUCCUGGGUCUUUGAACAGACCCCGCGAUUCGAAUUCGCCAGCGGCAUGCUCGAGAACCACGAGAUCGGACUGUCUGCGAAUCGCGGCGUCCUGAAAUCCCUCGCGUUGCGCAGUCCUGCAGGCCCCGGCCCGGAGCGGAGUGGAAAUGGUGGGAUGGUCUGGACAACGCGGACGUUACGCUUCGAGGGGCAGGAUCAGGAGAGGAAGGUCACGGGGAUGGAAAAGACGAUGCACGGGCCGCACGAGGGGGAAGCGGUGGAUGAAGUCAAGAUGCACGACGUGAAGAGUUGGAGAGACUUGCUCACGGAAGACGAAGAGCCCCCGGCGGCGGCGAAUAAUGUGCCGAAUGCUCUCGUCCAGAGACUUGAAGCAGUAUUUCCCCGAUUCCAAUCUAAAUCUAAAUCUGGCCGUUGA